GAUUGUUAAUUUUGGCUGAUGAUUGACGAGGCUGUAGAAUUUCCCCACACAAAUGCUCGCUUAAAAAUGGAAAUUCUUGGCACACACAAUGAGCGCUGAGGUCCUUCAACACACGACGACGAGUUUGAUUACAUAGGAAAGUCAAAUCUUUACAACUAACAACCUCCACUUCCUCAUUUAAUACCUCCCCUCACUUCUCGACGAAGGUCAGACUACAGCAAUCAUGGAUAUGGAAAAGUUGAAGAGAAUGCAGGCCAGAGGUGGUGUCAGAACUGGUGAUGGAAAGGGUACACCAAGAAGAAAGGUCAAGAAUGUUCACAAGAGCACCGGAAUGGACGACAAGAAGUUACAGACCUCCCUCAAGAAGCUUAACGUUCAACCUAUCCAAGCUAUCGAGGAGGUAAACAUGUUCAAGUCCGACGGAAAUGUUAUCCACUUCGCUGCACCAAAGGUUCACGCCGCUGUUCCAUCCAACACCUUCGCCAUCUACGGUAACGGCGAAGACAAAGAGCUCACCGAGCUCGUCCCAGGUAUCCUCAACCAACUCGGCCCAGAUUCCCUUGCUUCCCUCCGCAAGCUUGCCGAGAGCUACCAAUCGAUGCAAAAGGCAGAGGGUGGUGAGGACAAGAAGGACGAUGAUGAGGAUGAUGAUGAUAUCCCAGACUUGGUUGAGGGUGAGAACUUUGAGGACAAGGUCGAAUAAGUUUUCCGCACGCAAGGCAAAGUCAAUUAGGAAUGAUAUUAGAGAACUGGUGACAGCAUGGAUAUGGGAAUGAUCAUAAUCCUCUUUCUGGCUAUGUUACGGCACCUCACUGCAUGAAUAUAAAGUUUCAGGUAGUCUGAAGGUUACUUAGCUGUACAAAAUCAUACUACACAUCAAGUCCUUCUAUAUUAAAUAUCAUUCUUAUCGGAUCAAAAGCGUCAAGAUUCUAGCGUAUUCAUUUGAAGGAUGACAGGAUCUCACUUUUUCUUCUGAUCAAUAAAUCAUAUCCAGACGACUCAACGGAGUAGGCACGUGUGGUUUUAAAUAAGUGACGCCUUACAAUCUUUAGUGUUUCA